GUUUCGAACAACCGGCGUCGACCAUCUCAAAACGCGUCUCCCAGGGCUCAACUGUACUCUUCCGAGCAGACCAAAUUACGUUUAAUUUAACUGACUGAAUAACUAAAAACUAAGUGACGCAAAGAAAUCUUCUCGUCAGUGCGGCCAAAAACGUGCGCCUAGUUUUUCCUGCGUUUUUACCGAAUGUACACUGGCCAUCGUCGUGUGGGCCUUUAAAGUUUCGUGCUUCUAAAGGUGUGCAAAAAGGGCUUGCUUGCCUCCAUUGCCCAUACUCCGCUGUAAAAAAAACGGAAUCGGAUUUUCGUUUUACUUUCUUCGAUUGGGAUUCGCAUCGCAGUAACACCCCGUACGUGCAUUCAUACGGAGAUUUAGAUGUAUUUAAGCGACAGCUAAGUCUUAUGUUUGAAAAUUAAGAGUGAAAACAAGGCAGUUUCAGUCGACCGGGUAUUACAGCGAUUGGCACACAACUUCCGACUUCAACACAACCGCACACAUAUAAACGGAAGUACGAACAAAAGAGGUAACCUUCGUCCACCGGAAAGGUACGCCAGCUGCAAGUACUGAAACUGCGCGGGGUUUUAUUUUACGUUGCUUCCGUUCUUCCUUCCCGGCCCGUCGGUAACGUCUACUGGUGCAUCGUCCAGCCACUGGAUUCUGGUUCAAUAAAAAUCUUCUCUCAGUUCCGAACCCAUUCUACGCUACUCCCCCGCCAUGGUGAUGGAUGCACAGCCCUCGCCGCAAAAUGUCGGCCGAGAAUUUGUACGCCAGUACUAUACGCUACUGAAUAAAGCGCCCGACUUCCUGCACCGUUUCUACAACAGCUCGUCAAGCUUUGUACACGGUGGGCUGGACGCAAAGAGCCAGGAUACAACACUCGUAAUCGGCCAGAAGCAAAUUCAAAAUAAAAUCCAGCAGCUUAACUUCCGCGACUGCCAUGCGAAGAUAAGCCAGGUCGAUUCACAGGCAACGCUCGGCAACGGUGUGGUGGUACAGGUGACCGGCGAGUUGUCCAACGAUGGUCAACCGAUGCGACGCUUCACGCAGACGUUUGUGUUGGCGGCACAAUCGCCGAAAAAGUACUACGUGCACAAUGACAUCUUUCGCUAUCAGGACGUUUACUCGGAUGACGAACUGGACGAAGCGUGCGACCGUGCGAACGGUGGUACGGACGAGGAUGGUCUGCAUCCGCUUGGUACGGACGGUACCGAUCCGGCUGCGCUGGUCGUUGGUGAAACGCCGAUGGGGAUUGGUCCCGGUACCGCUGCCAACGCUACGUCAGGCUUGGUCGGUGUCGGUGUACAUGGCCAUCCGGUGCAGCCGGGUCAGCCCCCUGUGCUAGGGUCGCAGAAUGCACCGCAAGCACUGUACUAUCCGUCGAAUGUAAUCAGCUCUUCCGGGACUGGUUUGCUACCGGGCGUAACGGCGUACGGCGCACCACCAACGGGCGCCCAAAGUCAGCCAGCUUCCCAGCAGCAGCCAACGCAUCAGCCGCCCCAGCAGCAAGCUCCCCAGCAGCAGCAGCAGCAGCUGAAUGGGCGACACGAAAGCCUACUAAAGAACGUCGGUACACCGGAGGGAUCGACGGCUGCCGCCGUUGCCGCCGUACUACUCUCGUCGUCCACCGAUCCGCAGGGGUUGAAGUCGAAGAUCGACCAAACGCCAAUGGGUGUACCAUCUCAUCUGCUACCGGGUCAGCAGCAGCAGCAGCAGCAGCAACAUCAAUCUCAAAUAAAUCAAACUCAACCACCAACCACCAAUCAACUCGGCCUAGGUGAUGCAACCGUAACGACGGCUGGUGGUGUUGGUCCCGCUUCCCACGCAGAGGUGCUCUCUUCCAACGAUCUGGACAAAAAGCAGCAGCAGCAUAAAUCCCAUCAGCAGCACUCACAUUCACAGCAGUUGCAUCAAAAGCAGCAACUCGGUACCGGCGCUGUUGGCUUCGGUAAACAGCAACAACAGCCGCCCGUAUCGCUUGAACCAAAAACGUACGCCAACCUUGUGAAAUCCGGUGUCAGCUCUGGUACACCGUUGAGCUUUGCCUCCGCUAUGCAGGCAUCGCUCAGCUCGCAUAGCUCAUCCCAACAGUCUUCGCAGUCUGCCGGCCAGCAGCAACAAUCGCAACAGCAGCAGCAGCAGCAACAGCAACAAGCGCACCAACAGCAACACCAGAGCUACAACUCGAAUUCCAGCAGUAACAGGCAGCAACAGCAGCAGCGGGACAUUCUAUCACCGACACCCGUCGGCGGUGUUAACCAGAACACUGCAACCAACGGUGGUGUGAGUAAUAAGUAUGGUUCCGAUCGACAGGAUGAUCGAGGCACGCUCGGUAACGGGGGAAUGUCUCAGCAGCGAUCUCAACAGCAGCGAUCCAUUCGCAGCAAUGGUACCAGCAGUAACUCGAUGGGAGGCGGUGGUCUACGACAACAAGACAACCGGCAGUCGUCUUAUUCGCGGCAAAACUACAAUGAUAGUGAUGACCGCCGCCAAGGUUCGUCCUCACAAUUUGGCGACAACCAUCAACUGUUCCUGGGUAAUAUACCGCACCACGCAACGGAGGAGGAAUUGAAAACGCUGUUCAGCAAAUUCGGCACCGUUGUCGAUCUGCGCAUUAUGUCGAAAUCGGUGCAAAAAAUGCCGGGCGUCCGUACGCCACCACACUAUGGUUUCAUCACGUACGAAGAUCCGGCGUCUGUUCAGAACUGUCUCGCUAAUAUGCCACUCUACUUCCCCGACAAUUCAUCUGAUGGACACAAGCUAAAUGUGGAGGAGAAGAAAACGCGUGUUCGCGGUCCGGGCGAAGGCAGCGGUCGAAUGAACAGUGGUGGUGGUGGUGGAUUAGGCAGCGGCAACUCAAAUGGUCCCCGUUCGGGUGGUACCGGUUCCGGCCAAUCCCGAGCACCGGGUGGACAGGGUGGUGUAUCCUCCAACAGGGGUAGCGGUGGAGGCGGCGGUGGUACCGGCCAGCGUAGUCUAGGUGGUAAUGUCGGCGGUGGCGGCAACGGUGGAAACCGGGGCAACAGCGGUAGCUACGGUCAGCGCUCCGAUCGAAACAAUGUUGGCAACAGCCAGCGUUCUGUUGGCAACGCAAAUGGCAUCAGCAACCGAGGCUUUGGUUCUGGGUACUAAAAGUUUGAAUGGAAUUUCCCCUCGUGCUGUCGGUAAACUACGCGAUGGAGCGAAGGAAAUGAAAAAAACAAAAAAAAAACAGAAUCGAUCCUUGGUAUCGUUUGCCAACGAUUUCGAUUUAAUCAGACAGCCCCCUGCAGCAGUAUGAAAUAAUUAACACCCAACAAAAAGGAGGUAGCAAACAACAAGAGGAAUCCUUUUAAAAUUGCGAGUGCAGCGUGACGCGUAUAACUUAAGUGGCAGAAACAAUGAACAGGACAAGGAAACCCUAUGAGUUUUGAUCCCUAUGAGUCUAAAUUCUGCUAGCGGAAAACAUUAUGACAAUUUAGAGCAAGCAAACAUCAACAAUACUUAGAUUACGAGAAGAAUUUGAGGCUCUUAUCUUUUUCUUCCGUUGACGUAACUAUCCACUAGCUCACAUCUGCCAUAUAUAGUGGCUUACUAGAUGUUAUUCUUUCACCACGUAGGCACGGAUAUUCACUCGGCCUGCUCCUAUCGCCUUCGUAGAAGAACAGUGGAUAAUGGUGUACUGAUUCUUCUAUUGUAUUCUUUUUGUUCUACAGAACGGGCUUCAAUUGAUAAGUUGUCAUCAUAAUUCAUUCGCUAAACACGUUAAGCACUAAAUAAGCAGUGUGGUUCUGCAUCUGCUUUGUGAAAAUUCGUUCUAAGUGUGUGAGAUGAACAACUUUCGCCAGUCCUUUUGAAACAGUAGAUCUGAAAGUAGGUCGCUACUGGCAACAGAGGAAACAGUGGAAAGGGACAGAACUGACACUAGUAGCAUACAGCCUGGAUACAAAUCCAUCCUACACGCAAUGAUCCUCUUUUCCUCACUUUCCGGACAACCAAUCAAGAUUCCAAAAGAAAAAACAACAACAAUCGUUGUUGGUUGAUGCGUUCAUACGAAAUAACAUACAGAAAACUAACACAAGAAAACGGAAGAGCAACUGAAGCUAUAAUUAUCAAUAGUUCUGGGAAAGCACGAAAAACAAACAGGGAAACAAAAGGGAAAUCUAGAAAAGGGACAAGAGAAAGUGAGUGAGAGACAGCGAAUGAUAGAGAAAGCGAUAAAGCGGUGAAGAGUGUUGAGAAGAUAACAGUAAGAUAAACUAUGCUAAAAAAUUAAAUGUCAAGUAAUAUUAUCAGCGAGCGAACAAAUAGAUGGCCGUUCGUUCUAACAAAGCGCUCGAGUUUCGGUAUGCUACGAAAAGUGGCAGUGCCGGCUUUUUCUAGGAAAAAGUUAAUUAUACUCAUGCAGAAUACGCACUCACUACACAUUAAAAGGACAAGCGUAACCAUCUCACCACAAUCACCCAUCCACAAAUGCUUAUUGUGAUUGCGGGCGUUCCGCAUGUGUGAAUGUGUAUGUAAGUGUGCGAUUCGAUGCAUUUGUAUGAUGAUGCUAAGGACGCUGAAGAAAAAAAAACGAACCUCCGUCGAGUGCAUCGGUAUUCCAGCUCUCUCUUGCGCACAGGAGUACAUCGAUGCAUCGAUGCAAAGGUCGCAGGAUAAGCAGAACGGUUUAGUGAAGCUCUAGGAAAACAAGGAAACAGCAGGCAACUUUUCUUUCUUUUCUACUUUUGUGUAAGCAGUAACAGUGUAUAAAUAAAAAAAAAACACAAAACAAAAACACAUAGGGGGAAAACUGUCCCACGCACUGGAUAAAUUAAAAAGAAGAAAAAAAGGCAUACAAAAUAGCUCUAUUUAAUUUUCUUUUCUUUUUUUGUGCAAGCAUAACGAGCAACAUAGCGAAAGAGAAGAAUGUGUAGGGAACACUCGAUAAACGAUUAUCUCGAUACUUAACUUUAAGUUAACGCAGACUAAACCUGAAAAUAGUUUGAAUCAAGUGUAGUAGUAUCAGUGAACAUUAAGUUAUAAAUGUGUUUUUUUAUACUAUGCUAGUAUUUCGCCUUUGCGGUUAAGCGAAUAAAUGAUGGGAUUAAUAGUAAUACCUGCUGA